GUAAUAUUCAGUACGGUGAGAUUGGUGGAUUAUCAGAGCAGAUCCGAGAGUUGCGAGAAGUCAUCGAGCUACCUCUGCUUAAUCCUGAACUUUUCCUACGAGUGGGUAUUAGUCCGCCCAAGGGAGUGCUACUGUAUGGACCCCCAGGCACAGGAAAGACCCUGCUUGCCCGCGCCGUAGCCAGCAAUGUCGAGGCCAGCUUUCUCAAGGUUGUAUCCUCCGCCAUCGUCGACAAGUACAUCGGAGAGAGUGCGCGUUUGAUCCGUGAGAUGUUCGGAUACGCGCGUGACCACCAACCGUGCAUUAUCUUCAUGGACGAGAUAGACGCCAUUGGCGGACGUCGAUUCAGUGAGGGAACGUCUGCCGAUCGAGAGAUUCAGCGAACUCUCAUGGAGCUGUUAAAUCAAAUGGACGGUUUCGACGUCUUGGGCCAAGUCAAGAUGAUCAUGGCCACCAAUCGACCCGAUACACUCGAUCCCGCUUUGCUGCGACCGGGACGUUUAGAUCGUAAGGUGGAGAUCAAGCUGCCCAAUGAACAGGCCAGAUUAGAUAUCCUCAAAAUUCACGCGUCAAAGAUCACAAAGCACGGAGAUAUAGACUACGAAGCGGUCGUGAAACUGUCUGAUGGGUUCAACGGUGCCGAUUUGCGAAACGUCUGUACCGAAGCAGGUAUGUUCGCCAUGCGCUUGGAUCGGGAUUACGUCGUCGAAGAAGACUUCAUGAAGGCCGCCAGGAAGGUCAAUGAGGCCAAGAAAUUGGAGUCUAAACUGGAUUACAAGAAGCUCUGAGUAACGGGAUUAUAGGAACUUAGAUUGUAGCGAGCAUGAGAGGGAUUGAUAUAUAAAUUUGUGGUCACAGUCGCACAAGAAAUUGGAGUCUAAACUGGAUUAUCAGAAGCUUAAGAGUAACGGGAUUAUAUGAACUUCGAUUAUAGUGAGUACGAGGGCGAUUGGUACAUAAGUACGUAAACCUCACCAUAGUAGAUACGCUGCGGUUCAGGAUACUGUUUGAUAGCACUGAGAUACCUACUAGACUUUGAGAGAAUGCCUUUUAAUCAGCGCGAGAGACAAUGGCCAAUAAAAUAAAGAAUUCAUCUGAUGAGAAAC